UCAGUUAGUUGUUAUACCUCCAAGCGAGCACAAGCAUGGCCAUUGACGAUCAACAAAUUGUGGCCAUAAGUAUUACACAGAAACCCCAAGUGGGCUAUUUAAAAACCGAAUCCACUUGGGUAAAUUGUCCAGCCUGUCAAUAUGGUGACUGGAGUCGCAUACAAUUGGAUGCCGUGACCUAUUGGCAACGUUUUCUACACUUUACCAAACUGUGCAAAACCUGCCCCACUCGCUCGGAUGUCAAUCAUUAUUGCAAUCACUGCGGUUGCUAUAUAGGCAGAUAUGUGCCCAUCAAUUGCUCGGAACGUUGGCUCUCCAGGGCUGCUCGACGGCAAGCAGCCGUCGAUGAUAUGACACUGAAGACCAGGCCCAAAGAUUGUGCCGAAAGGGCUCAGAAAUCGAGGGAAAAGGUUUUGGCCAAACGCCAGAAGGAACGUGAAGAGAAGGCAGCCAAAGCUAGCCAAACAGUUGUGGUCACAGUGCAAACAAAAUAAUAAU